CUUUUUUUGGUCUCUCCUCCCCGCCUGGGUAAGGCGCCAACUGAAGCACCUGAUCGCCCGCUCCCGUAGCAGGGCAAGGAAACACCAGGACAGCAGCUCCAGAAUGUAGCUUUUCUAUUAUUAUCUUCAUGUAUCGCUAUUGUAAUAUGAAAUGUAUCUUCAUGUAUACACAGUGUCUAUCUAAUGAAUGUAAUAGUGUUUUGUGCUGGAUUUCAGGUACAUCUGAGAAAAUAUGUGCUUUUGCUCCAUGUGCGCACCCGGAUUGAGGAACUGGAGGCAAAGUUUCUGGAUCCUGAAAAGACGAAAGGAAAAACGCGAAGACAAAAGUGGAAAAUUAUAUUCGAAGGUCGGAUUCAAGAGCUAAAAUUACCGGGAGAGUUGGAAUUGCUUCGUCAAAGAGUCCCCAAAGAAAGCCGAGCCGGCUUUAUCGACACUGUCGUAGACUUAUGCAGAAAGUGUAGUAGCAUAGCAGCUCAUGAUGUACACUACCAAUCAAAAUGGGAUGAAGAUGUUGUGAGACAAAUGCUCACGGUUGCCGGUAUUGCCCCCGACGAAGAAAAAAUUAAAACCGUAAUAAUCCUUAUCACCCCAUUAGCAAAAUAAUUUUUUUUUUUUUUUUGUUAAAACUACCCUAGUAGCACAACUCCCCUAUAUUAUACUCAUAAUAUACAUAUAUAUACAUAUUUUAUAGAUGUUUUAUACUUAUAUUAUAAAUAUAUAUACCUAUUUUAUACCUAUAAUCUACCUAUAUUAUAGGUAUAAAGAUUAUAUUAGUUUGCGCUAUAUUCUACAUAUAUUAUAGGUAAAAAUAUAUAUUUUAUACCUAUAAAAGAUGUAUUAGGAAUUUGUAGGCCGGUCCUGCUCCCCACCCCCCUCCCUUCAAAAAUUUCCUGGACAAUGCCCCCUCCCUAGGCUAUGUAAGAGGUGAAUGGUCUCAAUGGUCCUUACCCCUACUUUUGAUCAUGAUUAAAGGCUUGCGUAUUAAACCUGCAAGAUGAAAAUGUUGUUCUAUUAAGAGGGUAUGCAUGAGCUUUCAAAAUAUACUUGGGU